AUGUCUUCUCGAUCCAAGCUUCGUGUCGGAAUCGCUGGCCUUGGCCGUAUGGGCAAGCGUCAUGCCGUAAACUUUCACGAAUUGACAGCCCGUGCGCAUGUUGUCGCUGCGUGUACGCCAGAUGAGGGGGAGCGUAAAUGGGGAGCAGAGAACCUCGAGGGGGUAAAGAUCUAUAGCGACUUUGACGAGAUGCUUGAAGACGACUUGGAUGCUGUGGUAGUUGCUAGCAUCACUGCCGUGCAUGCAGAGCAAUCGAUCAAGGCCAUCAAAAAGGGCUAUCACGUCCUCUGCGAAAAGCCUCUCAGCAUUGACAUUGACAUUGCCCAAUCCGUUGUUGAUGCCUAUGAGGAAUCCCUAAAGACUCAUCCGAAUCAAAAAGUCAUGUGUGGCUUUUCUCGCCGUUUCGAUGCUUCGUACCGUGAAGCUCAUGCAAGGAUUGCCAACAACGAAUUUGGCCUCCCGGUCAUCUUCCGUUCCCAAACAGCUGAUCUUUACGACUCAACCGGUUUCUUUGUGGAAUAUGCCAAGACCAGUGGUGGAAUCUUCGUUGAUUGCUCUAUUCAUGACAUUGACCUCAUGUUGUGGUUCUUUGGAGAAGAUACCAAGAUCAUAAGUUUACAGUCGGUGGGUGUCACUGCCGUUCACCCCGACCUCCGGGCGAGUAACGACCGAGAUAACGCACUUGCAACCGUUGAAUUUGAGGGUGGAAAGAUUGCUGCUCUGUACUGCUCUCGUAUGAUGGCGGCGGGACAGGAGGAUAUUUCUGAAAUGAUCUGUGAGAGAGGCACAGUGAAAGUCAAUUCACAGCCGAGGAAGAAUCAUGUUGAGAUCCAUGAUUCGCUUGGUUCUAGGCGCCAACUUCCACAGCAUUAUUAUGAGCGCUUCAGGGAUGCCUUUGUUACCGAGGCAAAUGAAUUCACGGAGUGUUGCUUGGAAAAUACUACCCCGCCUAUUAGCCUCCGAAGCUCGGUCAAGGCAGUCACUAUUGGGCAGGCAUUGCAACGGAGUAUGAUCACUGGUGACAAGAUCUUUUUCGAUGAAAGAAGCGUCAAGAACUAG